AUGCUUAGUUUAGUCAAUAAAAAGCUUUGUAGUAAUUUAUUAGUUUUUGUAGAAAGGUUUAGAAUUCUUACAAAAGUAAACAAAAUGCAAGUGUUUACUCAAAAGAGAAAUCCCAUUACCGGUGGUACAGAGUGGGACAUUCAAAAUGAAGAUUAUGACUAUCACCAAGAAAUAGCUCGUUCGGCUUUCGCAGAUAUGUUACAUGAUAGUGAACGCAAUCAGAAAUAUUAUAGAGCUUUACAAUUAGCUAUAGAAAAAAUGCAUAAUGAUGGGAAGAAGGCCAAUGUACUGGAUAUAGGUACAGGAACUGGUCUGCUUUCAAUCAUGGCAGCAAAAUGUGGUGCUGAUACUAUAACUGCCUGUGAAGCGUUUAAACCUAUGGCCGAAUGCUGUCUUAAAAUAUUACAGAAGAAUGGGGUAUCUGAUAAAAUAAGAGUCAUACCUAAAAGAUCAACAGAUCUAACAGUUGGUGAGGACGGAGAUAUGACAGAGAAGGCCAAUAUACUUGUUACAGAGGUUUUUGAUACAGAGCUGAUUGGUGAAGCGGCCCUAUUAACUUUCGAGCAUGCUCACAAUAACCUUUUGGAGAAGGACUGUAUUGUUGUCCCCGAUUCAGCAGUGAUCUACGCUCAAGUGGUAGAAUGCCCCACGAUGCAGAAGUGGAAUAAAUUAAAUGAUUUGGCUGACGAAGAUCUAGAAAUUAUAUUAAGGGCACCACUUAAAAUGAAAAAUUGUCCUGGCUCAGCCGCUGUGCAUGACAUUCAGCUAUCCCAACUUCCACGUCAGGCCUUCACUGAAAUAUCAGAACAGAUUCCAGUUUUCUUGUAUGAUUGGUCUGGCGGAUCAGAUAUUAUUAAAAGAAGAACCGGCAAACAGAACUUCAAUGCCUUAGCCACUGGAAACGCACAGAUGGUGUUUAUGUGGUGGGAACUUAAUAUGGAUACAGAAGGCAGAAUAGUGUUGAGUUGUGCUCCAUGGUGGAGUCACCCAGAUGCAGACUUAUCUUCAGAUCGUCCCCAAGACUCGAUUCCGUGGCGUGAUCACUGGAUGCAAGCGGUUUAUUAUCUACCUCAGCCUUUUAGCCUCACAAAAGGGGAAGAAGUUACUCUAGUUUCCUGCCAAGAUGAAUUUUCGCUAUGGUUCUAUUUAGAAAAUGACGGAAUUAAACCGAAAAAUUACAAAAGACCUAUAUGCGAGUGCGGGGUCCACAUGACCCUGUCUAGAACCCAUGUUUCCUACUUAAACGAUGGAAGAAGAAGCAAGAGGUUCUUAGCGCAAAUACAAGACUUAAACAAAGAAGCAGUUGUAUUGGAUCUAAAUGGGAGUAGUUUCCUUGGCCUGGCCGCUGCGAGAACUGCAAACAAAGUGUACAUAUUGGAAAAUAUGCAGUUGAACAUCGCAAUACUAAACGAUUAUAUACGAGAAAACUCAAUAGAAAACGUCCAAAUAAUCCCCGAGCUGACAGAUGACGUUUUAAAAGAAGCGACAAAUGUCGUAUGUGAUCCUAACUUCAGUACUUCAAUAUUGCCGUGGGAGAAUCUGAAAGUGGCCUACAUUUUAUAUAAAUACAGAGAAAGUUUGAAUGGGGAAUUGGUAAUGCCGGACGGGUGUGAGUUUUGGGCUAUGCCCGUUGAGUUUAACGAUUUGCACAAAAUACGAGUGCCGUUAGAUAAGUGUGAGGGGAUAGAUAUGAGCAUCUUCGAUGGACUUGUUGAGAAUUCUCGGAUAGUGAGCGACGCGGAGAUUGAACCCCAGCCCUUGUGGGAGUACCCUUGCAAAUGUAGGGGUACCCCGAGGAAACUAGUUGAAAUUAAUCUAACAGAUCUUAAGCCCACUUUGGCUGUCGAUGGAGAUUUUCAUGUUGUCGAUUCAUCUGAAGGGAAUCACGUAGUUAAUGGCUUCGCGAUUUGGGCUGUAUGGAUUGUUGGGGGCAAGCAGAUAAGUUCGGGGCCCAUGGAUUGGCCGAACGUGGGCCAACUUGUAAAUUGGGAUAUGCAUUCAAGACAAGCUGUUAAGAUCUUAAAACGUGCGCAACUUGUCAACAGUUCUAAUAAGUGGGGCUAUCAAGUGGUUUGCGAUUUGGAAAAGGGACAUUUCAAUAUGUCUAUAGAUUUGGUCACGAGUGACGAAUGA